AUUUGCUGACAUUUAAACACUAAUGGCGACUUCUCAAAUCUCUCGAGCCGUCGUUCCUCGUGGAUAAGUAGCUGCAGAGCCUGUCUGGUAAACUCGCCAUCUCCGGCUUCGAACAUUCUGCGAUUCAAUGCUUCUGUUGGACUUACACAAGAAGGCGGAGGAGAGGCGUGCCCCACUGAGAACUUGGGCCAAUGCAUGUCCACCCAAACAACGCUGCCAGCAGCACCAGCAGCAGGAAGGAGAGGAGCCCAGGGGGUCCUACUGUAAGAGUGAGCCACAGCACAGAUGGGCAAAAAGGUUACCUGUGUCGACAGACGAUGGCAUCAUCAUAGGCUAUCAUGAGGAUGACAGCCUCACCCGCUCAGAUGGGUGUGCCGCGGAGGCUGUGCUGGUGUACCUGCAUGGCCUCCAGGGCCUUCACAGCCUGCGAGCACUGGUUCCUGGGCUGCUGCGCUGUGAGAUUGAGCAGGCCAUGGUGAAGUUGGGCCUUAUCUAUGACAAGUCCUAUGCCUGGGACAUCUUUUCUGACAUGAUGCGAAGUCAACUGCGCUACACAUUCCCCAGCGCAGACCUCCCCCAACCUUUCACGGACAACACCCGUGCCAUCCUGGUAGACUGGCUCAUCCAGGUGCAUUGCUCUUACAAGAGUCAGGAUGUUUUCGUUCUCCGGUCUGUCCAGGACGUGUUCCACUUCUCAGAGGAGACCCUCUACCUAUCCAUACACCUCCUCAACCGUGCCCUCCGCCAGAUGAAGGUAUCCACUUCCAACCUGCAGCUCUUGGGUCUGGUCUGCCUCUUCCUAGCAGGCAAGAAGGAGGAGAGUCUUCUACCUGAGGUGUCAGAGCUGUGUUACCUCAUGGAGAACAGCUACACCAAGCGACAGCUGCUGCGUAUGGAGCGUCGUGUCCUCUGUGAGCUCAGGUUUGACCUGUCUCACUGCCCCCCUCUGCACUUCCUCCUACUCACAGCCUCUGUUGCCCGCUGUUGCACUAAGGUGGUUUGCAUGGCCCGUUACCUGCUGGAGCUCUCUCUGCUGGAGGGCCAGUGCGUGGUGUUCCUGCCUGCCCAGUUGGCAGGUGCUUCCCUCUGUCUAGCCCGCAGAGUACUGCAAGAACCCCCCACCCCAGAAGGAGAGACUGCCUGGUGCAUUGCCUCCAGUAUAAACAUGGGCAGUGAGACCACCCUCCUGAAGAUCAUGCACAUCCAGGCGAGGGCUGCAGCCCGUGCCCAUAGCAGAGAAACGCGUGCCACCUUCAUCAAAUUCUCCACUGCAGAGACCAUGCAUGUCAGCAGCCACCCUGCUCUGCAGAGUGGCCCCAGUCUGCUGGGGCUGCUCUCUGAACAUGCAUGACGCCUGCUGUUCUUUAAGGGAGAAAGGUUGAGUUUGAAGGAUAAGACUUGAGUGUCAGGACUCUUUCAAUCUGUUCAUAAUGAACUUUUGCCUGGCCUGUUGAUGCAGGAUCACAGGAGUACAUAAGGCACAGAGAAGGGAGUGAGGAAAAAAUGAGGGCUGUUCAGUCAAACUGUGAUUGGCUGGACUGGGCACCUGAGCUUGGCUGGCUGGCAAUACAGAUGCAAACUGUCAGUAUGUUCUUAUUAGGCAGUUGAUGGUUUUGGAUGGGGUUGGUUGUCAUUUUUUACCCUUGUCAUUUAAAUGUGAGCGCUCUAUGUAAAAGUAAUCUACAUUUUUAAUGUAAAAAUAAAAAGUUAAUGUAUGUU